AUGCUGCUAUGCAAGCUGGAGAGCCAGUGUGAGGGCCAUGGCAUGAGGCUGCUGGAGCUCAAGCGGUGCAUUCAGCCCGUAGCGGACGGAGUGAGGGUGCUCACACCCAUCAUGAGAGGGCCCGUAGCGGAUGGGGUGAGGGUUCUCACACCCAUCAUGAGAGGGCCCGUAGCGGACGGGGUGAGGGUGCUGACGCCCAUCGUGAGAGGGGUGGAGGACGAAGGAUGGGGUUCCACAGAGGUUCUCGACAUGCUGCAUGCAGCGGUAGGCAGAGAGGGGUAUGCAGCGAGAGUGGUAUACAGAGAGUGGUAUACAGAGAGUGGUAUACAGAGAGUGGUAUACAGAGAGUGGUAUACAGAGAGUGGUAUACAGAGAGUGGUAUACAGAGAGUGGUAUACAGAGAGUGGUAUACAGAGAGUGGUAUACAGAGAGUGGUAUACAGUGAGUGGUAUACAGAGAGUGGUAAGUAAAGAAUUCCCUUCGUUCUCUCCCUCCUCGUUCUCUCCUCCUCGUUCUCUACCUCCUCGUUCUCUCCCUCCUCGUUAUCUUCUCUUUCAAUCCAUCCACCCAUUCCCUCCCAUCCCACAUCUAACCCCUGUCCGACUUCCUUCCCUUCCACCCGCUUCCCUUCCUGCCCAGUCCACCCGACCAGAUGUGAGGGAGGCGGAGGGCCUCAUUCGCUUUGUGCUGCAAGCUACAUGCGCCCCCUAUCUUCACCUCCUCUCCUCGUACGUGUGGAUGCAGGAGGGCAGGCUGGAAGACGACAUUCACAGCGAGUUCUUCAUUUCCGCAUGCACCACUGCUUCUGCAGACGCACACACAGCUACCACUGAUGCUGAACCCACCAAUUCCACCGCGCCUGCCACGAGGCAAGGGGAAUGGCGGGGUGCACAGGGGUGGGAAUGGGCGAAAGUGGAAGGGCAGCGGUUUGUAUUGCGGUGUGAUGCGGUGCCAGUGCUGUUCCGGUCGGUGGCUGACGAUGUGCUGGCGACAGGGCAGCUGGUGCAUGCGCUCAGGCAACAUGGGUACUUGAAGCAGUGCAAUGAGAUCGACCCCUUUCCACAUCCUCGCUCUGAGCAACCUUCUGGGGCAUCUGCUCACCGUCAGACGAGUGCUGCUGCUUUCCCAGGCGAGCCAUGCUCAUCUCAUCAUAUGCCGUCCUUCCUUGGCGCGGCUUCAUCAAGUGUUUCCUCGUUCCCUUCUCCCCACCCUCCUUUCCUCAACCCCCGUGACUUGGCGGACUUCCUGUCAGAUUUCAUGGCGCUGGCAGGCGAGGAGCUCUGCACAGCACUCUACCCGUGCUUAUCAUGUGCCCAUCCUAGGCACAGGCUUCGUCAAGUCCUUCUCCAAAACCCCCCACCCCACCAGGCGGACUUCCUGUCAGAUUUCAUGGCGCUGGCAGGCGAGGAGCUCUGCAAGCCGGCCAGCAGGGCGUCACAGGCUCGCAUUGACCUCUCACUAGGCGCCUCUCUGCACGCCUCUGACCCAAACUGCGACCGCCUCUCUGCACGCCUGGUCCCUGCCGAUCCACCCAGUCCCUCCAACUCAUCGCUUCAACAGCAGCCCUUACAUUCACAACCUCUACAAUCACAAUCGCCGCUCCUACAGCGCACACCAGCACAGCCACCACAGUCACAUCUGCAGCAGUCACGGGAGAGCAUGGACGGUGCAGAUCUGCUGAGCAGUCUACAAUCCUACGAUCAAUACGAGGACCUGCUGGGGCCUGAUGCAGAUGACGCAGGUGGUGACUCUCACGCUGCUUAUGCUGCUGCUGCUGCUGCUGGUGCUGCUGCUGGUGGUCGUGGUGCUGAUGGGGAUAAUGGUGGUGAUGGGGGUGGCAAGCAACUCUACAGCAACCCUCUAUCGCUACUGCCCCAGGUCACCCCUGUUCGGCCAGGCAGCCCUGCAGCUGCAGUGGCGGCGCAGGCAGCAAGGGGGGGAGGGGCUGAACGCAGGGGAGCUUCAGGGGAGAGUGGAUGGGAGGCUAUCUGUAUCGACUACCAGGCCCCUUGGCCAGUAUCUGCGGUGGUGCCCCCAGCCGCCCUGCAGGGUUACAAUCGCCUCUUCCGCUUCCUGCUCGCCACCAGGCGAACCCACCUGCACCUCGCCCUGGCAUGGUCUGCCCUGCAGCUGACGCGGGGACUGAAGGUGGAGGGAACAAUGCUGCAGCGCGUGCACUGGCUGCGGCAUCGCAUGGCGUGUGCUGUCACUGCUAUUCUCGACCACGUGGCACAUGCGGUGAUAAGCCCCAAUUUCGACCUCAUGACAUCCAGUUUGACAAAGGCUACCUCCUUCCACCAGCUCGUGGAGGAACACCAAACAUUUCUUCACACGUGUCUCUCAGAGGGGCUUCUGGAUUCCUGCCAGCACAUUCGAGAG